CUGUGAAACAAUCGAGAGGCUGAAGUGUAGCGCAUUCCUCGAGAGAGAGAACCCGUUUCUCUCCCUGCCGGCUCCCAGUCAGGCAGCUUGGCCCCGACGCAGUAGAUGCAUGAGUUCUGGCUGAAACUGGGAGCUUCGUGGUCAGUAGGGAAAUCAGAAGCAUUACUCGAACCGAAAUAGUGAGUAUUGUUGCGACAUCGAUUUCUAGGCUACUUUGCGUCGCAGAGAUUUAAUUUUGUCCGCAACUUUUUGUUCUCCGUUUUCGUGACCAUGGGUUCAGAGCAAACUCGCUUGUACGGGUGGGCAUUGAUGAUAGUCGCGGUUUUCUGUCAACGGGGUCAUGAAAGUUGCCCGGAGGAAGAUUUGGAGAAAAGGGAAGAGGAGGCGAACGUGGUUCUGACUGGCACCGUUGAAGAAAUCAUGAACAUGGACCCAGUGCACAAUACCUACUCAUGCAAGGUGAGGGUAUGGCGGUACCUGAAAGGAAAGACCAUGGUCAAUGGCGAGGUUCUUUUGGACGGUGGAAACAAGGUGAUGAUUGGUGGCUUUGGGGACCCUGAGGUCUGCGACAACCAGGUUGCCACUGGCGACACGCGCAUUUUCUUUGUCAACCUGGCUCCGGAGUUCAUGUGGCCAACGCACAAGAAUGAGCUGAUGCUCAACUCCAGCCUGAUGAGGAUUACCCUGCGUAACCUGGAGGAGGUGGAGCACUGUGUGGACGACAAACCUGUUCACUUCACACCAGCCCAGCCUCCUGACGAUUGCAGAGGAAUGCUAUGCGGCUUCGGGUCAGUAUGUGAACGUGAUGCGGCUGACCCCUCCAAGACAGAGUGUGUCUGCAAGAAGAUGGUGUGUCCGUCGGUUGUGGCGCCUGUGUGUGGCUCGGACUCCUCGACCUACUCCAAUGAGUGUGAGCUGGAGAAGGCCCAGUGCAACACGCAGCGGCGCAUCAAGUUGCUGCGCAAAGGACCCUGCGCCCUGGAGGACCCGUGCAGUAAGGUGACCUGCAGCUACGGCAGCACCUGCAUCCAGUCAUCGGACUCCUUGUCGGCCAAGUGCAUGUGCCCGCUGAGCUGCGACGGUAAGCCCGAGCAGGUGGUGUGUGGCAGUGACGGCCAAGACUACCGCAACGAGUGCGAGCUCUACAAGCAAGCCUGCCACACUCAGAAGAACUUCCGCCUGCAGCACCAGGGAUACUGCAACCCCUGCAAAGACAGCGAGAACAGUCUAAAUGUGGCGUGCCGGGUGGAGCCACGUACCCGCCAGCCCCUGACCUUUGCCCCCCCGGAGUCCUGCCCACCUGUCAAUGAGCCACUGUGCGCCAGUGACAGCCAGACGUACGAGAGCGAGUGCCAUAUGACGAGGACGGGCAUGCAGAAGGGCAUUGAACUCAGGAAGAUCCACCCGGGCCGCUGCAAGAAACAAGAGAUGUGCAAGGUGGAGUGCAAGUUCAAUGGCGUGUGCCAGGUGGAACGUCAAGGCGUGCGCUGCUCCUGCGAGCCUAUCCAGUGUGACGGGACCUACAAGCCGCUGUGCGGCAAAGACGGACGCAGCUACGUCAACGACUGUGAGCGGCGACGGAACGAGUGCCUGGCUAAAGCCCACAUCCCCGUCAAGCAGCAAGGCCCGUGUGAUCUCCACGCGCCCAGCCCAUGCCUGGCAAAGGCCUGCGAGUUUGGCGCUGUGUGUGUGGUGAAGAACGACAAGCCCGUAUGUGAGUGCCCCGAAGCCUGCCUCCAGACACCCGACCCAGUGUGCGGCAGUGACGGCCACAGCUACGGCAGCCAUUGUGAGAUGAGGGCCACGGGCUGCGCCCUGCAGAGGGAGAUUCACAUCCAGCACCGAGGACCCUGCGACGAGGCGUGUGCCAAUUGUUCAUUCGGGGCGAUCUGCGACGGGCAGUCUGGCAGAUGUGUGUGCCCGCAGGAGUGUGUUGAGUCCCACCAACCGGUGUGCGGCAGCGACAGCUCCACCUACCGCAGCGAGUGUGAGCUCCACGUGCGGGCCUGUACCAAGCAGCUUGACCUGCGUGUGCUCGCCCAGGGAGAAUGCAAGACCUGUGGCAGCGCUGUGUGUGCCUGGGGGGCCCAAUGCAUCCAGAACAAGUGCGAGUGCACGCAGUGCCAGGGCCAGGCUUUAUCUCCUGUGUGUGGCAGCGACGGCAUGACCUAUGACAACACUUGCGAGCUAGGUUUGGCAUCCUGCGUCCUCAAGAAGAAGAUUGAGGUGGCCAAGCUCGGCAGCUGCGAAGAAGAGUGUGGUUCAGGAGGGUCGGCCUCAGGUGUCGAGAGCUGCGGACAGGAUAGGUGUCGUACGUUUGGAGGCUCGUGGGACGAGGACACAGAGGAUGACCGCUGUGUCUGUGACUUCGACUGCAAUCGCGUGCCUCGCAACCUGGUGUGUGGCUCAGAUGGGAAGACCUACAGCAACGAGUGUGAGAUGAAGAAGGCCAGUUGCGAAAGGCAAGGGCAUCUGCUGAUCCAGAAUCAGGGACCCUGCACAGCGAUUUCAGCCACCUCUCCACCGGAGCUGACAGCCCCACAACGCUGCAUUCAGUCAUUCUACGGCUGUUGCCGCGACAACAAGACGGCGGCCCUUGGUGUGGGACUUGCUGGAUGCACCAGUACGUGCCAGUGUAACCCGUAUGGCUCCUACAAGGGGACGUGUGACCCGGGCAGCGGCCAGUGCUCCUGUAAGCCCGGCGUCGGGGGACAGAAGUGCGACCGCUGUGACCCAGGCUUCUGGAACUUCCGUGGCAUUGUCACAGAGAACUUGAGCGGCUGCACACCGUGUAACUGCGACGCAGUGGGCUCGGUGAGGGACGACUGCGAGCAGAUGUCAGGCCUGUGCUCCUGCAAGACUGGAGUGAAGGGCAUGAAAUGCAAUGUGUGCCCCGACGGCAGUAAGACGGGCAGGAGCGGCUGCGACACAGGUGCUUAUGCCCCAACCUCAUGUAAUGAGCUGGACUGCAAGUUUGGUGCGUCUUGUGUUGAGGUCAAUGGUCAAGCCCACUGUGAAUGCCCCUCGCCCGACUGUGACGAGAUGAACAAGACCAAGGUGUGUGGCUCUGAUGGGGUGACCUACGCUGACCAGUGCCAGCUGAGCACCAUUGCCUGUAGGCGGGACAAGCACAUCAGAGUGGAACACUUUGGCCAGUGUGCAGAAAGCAUCACUGAGCCUGCCAGCCGACCCACCCCUUACCCCUCCACCCCCCGCGCAAAAGCCACCACCCCCCCCCACGUCAGGCUUACGUCGCCGCGCCAUGGCACAUCAUACUCUCCCUGGGACGAUGAUGAAACCGAGGGGCCACUAGCCUCAUUCGUGGAGGCCCUGCCGCCCCCCAUGUCCACUGAGAGACCGCUCACCACCAACCACCCCGUCAUCACCCCCCACCACCCACCUCACUCCACCAUCCCUCGCCUACCCAGCCACACCAGCCCUGGCUCCUCCCCUACAGCCUUUGAGGACUCAGGGAGUGGUGAGCCCAGCGGAGAUGACCAGGUGGAGGAGGUGGAAGAGGGUAGCGGCGUCGGAGUCCUGGAGGCGAGCGGAGAGGAGCCAGUUGACCCCACAGCCGCAGCCACCACCAUCCCCACAGCGGAGGACCGCUCGUCGUGUGACAACACUCCCUUCGGCUGUUGUCCUGAUGGCAAGACGGCUUCCAGCAGCCCUGAGGGAGCCAAAUGCCCCUCCACCAUGCGGCUCAGCGGCUUCCUGCACUUGGACCAGGUGGAGGGCCAGGAGGUCUUCUACACCCCUGAGAUGGAGGAUCCCAAGUCUGAGCUGUUUGGCGAGACGGCCAGGAGCAUCGAGAGUGCUCUGAACGAGUUGUUCCGUAAAUCAGAGGUGCAGAAGGACUUCAUGAGUGUCCGAGUCCGCAGCCUGGCGCCCAGCAACUCCAUCCUGGCCUUCAUCGAGGCCCACUUCAACCCAGAGACCAGGUUCACGGUGCAGGACAUUGAAGGAGCCCUGCUCAAGCAGCUGAAGGCAGCCAAGGAGACAGCCAUUGUGGUGAAGAAGCCAGAGGAGGAGAAUAUUCGCUUCAACAACUAUGGCCUGUUCUCCCUCCCCUACUUCACCACCAGUACCACAGCUACCGCCACCACCCCCACUGCCAGCACUGCCACCAGCACCACCCUGCCGCCCCCCAACUCCCCUUUCAUCACACGCCGUCCCCUGGGCACCACACGCCGGCCCUAUACCAGCCGCCGGACCACAGCCGCCCCUUCUACCAUGGCCCCCACUCCCACCACUACUAUCACCCCCCUCCACAGGACCAGCCCUGUGCCCCACUACACCAAGGCCCAGCAGCCCUGUGACUCCCACCCCUGCCGCCACGGCGGCACCUGCGAGGACGACGGCGCCGAUUUCACCUGCAUCUGCCCCGCCGGGAGAGGGGGCACUGUCUGCGAGAAAUUGAUCACAUACUUCAUCCCGUCAUUCGGGGGUAAGUCCUAUCUGGCCUUCGACACCAUGAGGGCCUAUCACACGGUCCGCAUCGCCAUGGAGUUCAGGGUGGCCGAGAUGACGGGCAUCCUGCUCUUCAACGGCCAGGAUGGCAAGAAGGACUUCCUGUCUCUCACCCUGGUCAAUGGCAAGGUGGAGCUCAAGUUCAACACCGGCUCGGGCACAGGCACACUGGUCAGUAAAGUCCAGGUGAAGCUGGGUCGCUGGUACCAGCUGGUGGUGACGAGGAACCGACGCAACGCCGUGCUGAGCGUGGAUGACGAGCUCCACAUCGAGGGCGCCAGCCCCGGAACCGACGGCCUCAACCUGGACACACACCUCUUCAUUGGAGGGGUGCCCGAAGACAUGAUGACAGAUGUGAAGGAGAGGACCUCCACUGGUACAGGUCUCGUUGGCUGUGUUCGCACGCUGGACGUCAACAACCUGGUGUACAACCUGCAGGAGAAGGGUGGCAACGUGCUCUACGGCACCGGCGUAGGCGAGUGCGGCAACAACCCGUGCCAGCCGAACCCCUGUAAGAACAGCGCCUCCUGCCAGGUCAAGGAGGCUGAGAUGUUCCACUGCAAGUGCAUCAACAGCUACUCCGGUCCGACGUGCGCCGACACCCACAAUCCAUGCGAGCCUAACAGAUGCCACCCAUUGUCCCAGUGUCAGGUGCAACCAGAGGGAGGGUAUAAGUGUGAGUGUCCCAUGGGCCGCGAGGGACUCCAUUGUGAGCAAGUGUCGGACAAGAAAGGGGCCUACAUGCCGUUCUUUAGUGGUGACUCUUACCUGGAGCUGAAGGGAUUGCACACCUACGGUCACAAUCUCCACCAAAAGGUUAGCAUGAUGGUGGUGCUCAUGGCCAACGAAUCCAACGGCAUGAUAUUCUACAAUGGCCAGAAGACCGACGGCAAAGGGGACUUCAUCUCCCUCUCCCUCAACGACGGCAUCCUGGAGUUCCGCUACGACCUGGGCAAGGGCCCCGCCGUCAUCAGGAGUAAAGAUAAGAUCAAGAUGGGUGUGUGGAACACAGUGAAUCUGGAGAGGGCCAGUCGCAAGGGAGAGAUCAACAUAAACGGAAAGGACCCAGUCAGGGGAGAGUCGCCGAACCAACACACCGCUCUCAACCUGAAGGAGUCUCUGUUCGUGGGUGGUGCUCCUGAUUUCAGCCGGCAAGCGAGAGCCGCCUCGCUCAAAGAUGGCUUCAAGGGGGCCAUUCAGAAGAUCACCCUGAUGGGCACUCCCAUCCUGCGGCAGGAGAACGCAUUGCACUCCAGUGACAUGGCAAUGUUUAAGGGCCACCCGUGCAGCCGGGAUCCCUGCCACAACGGGGGUCUCUGCAACCCCAUGCUUGAGAGCUACGAGUGUGUGUGCCCCCACGGCUUCACGGGCACAGCCUGUCAGAACACCAUCUUGGAGAAGUCCGCCGGGGAGUCGGAGUCCAUUGUUUUUGACGGCCGGACUUUUAUCGAGUACCACAACGCCGUCACCAAGAGUGAGAAAGCCCUUCUGGUGAACACAUUUGAGCUGAGCAUCAAGACGGAGGCCACACAGGGCCUGGUGCUGUGGAGCGGCAAGGGCGUGGAGCGCUCUGACUAUAUCGCCCUGGCCAUUGUGGAUGGCCGCGUGCAGAUGACCUAUGACCUGGGCUCCAAGCCUGUGGUGCUUCGCUCGACGGUGCGCGUCAACACUAACAGUUGGAUCUGCGUCAAGGCCAGCAGAGCACGUAGGGACGGAUCUCUCCAGGUGGGCAACGAGGCAGCAGUCACGGGAUCGUCGCCCCUGACAGCCACUCAGCUGGACACAGACGGAGCUCUCUGGUUGGGUGGCUUGGAGGAGUUGAUAGUGGCCCACAGACUGCCUAAGGCCUACAGCACGGGCUUCGUUGGCUGUGUGAAGAAUGUGGUGGUGGACGGCAUGGGGCUUCACCUGGUGGAGGACGCACUCAAUAGCCCCAAAAUAUUACACUGUUCCGCCGCUGAGGGCAAAAAAUAACCUGGUUAAACCACCCCCUUCAUAAACUACAUGUCUAAUGCUGUAAUUAAGUUCUAUUUUUGUAUAAUUAUCAUCGCUUUUUAUAUUGGAAAAAAAUAAUACAUCGUUUAAAUUUGUUUUAUUUUGUUUCGUUAUACUGUAUUUUUUUUGUUGGUUUAUCUACGCCUCCCGUUCAUUCAUUAUCCCCCUCCUGAAAGGCCGGUGUAAAUACCUUGCGUACAUUCGUGUGGCGUCGCAAGACAAGCGAAAGUUGUAUUAAUUGUAUUUGUUAUUUUCAAACAAACGCGAACAAAACCUUCCUAUCGCUCAUUGCUUGAACACUGGUGAACCACAUUGGUCCUCUCUAUUUUUGCCUCGUCUUGGUGUCAUAUCAGUCACUACCACCCAACACAGCCUAUAGACAUAACCCUAACUCUACAUACAAACAUUCCCGUGUGAGGCAAAUGCAGUAGACAUACUGCAGAUACCAAUGUCAUGUUUUGCAACGAAAACAAGCCUGUCUUAUUGGUGCCUCAUGAACACAACUCUGGUUUCAUAGAACCCUCUGCUUGCCCCUGAUAGGACACAAGUGUAUUCCAUAUUAGUUAAGACUGAGUUUCGGAUGCCGUCUGAACAAACUCCUCAUACAGCGUAAAUACUCUCAGUUGGCUCUGAACCAAUGACUAAGUCUCAUUUUUGAACAAAGACGAAGUGCCCUGCAUUCCAGAACAACUUACAUAUCAUAAUUUCAAAACAUCCAUCAAUCAAGAAAUGUAAUAAUAAUUUACAUAAAUAAAUGUAAUAAAUAUAGAGUAUAUAAAUACCUGAGACUGUGAAUAUGUAAGAUUGGUUCUCUUCUCAUGUAUUGUGCUUCUCAUGUCGUGUGCAUAUUCUAUUUUGCAAACAGUAAAGCUAACAAUGACCACUAGUUGCAUGCAGUUUCUGCGGUGUUGAUUUAGUUUUGUUUUAGGUUCGCCAGAUCUUUUUCAUUUUCUGAGGCGAACGUGUCAGCGGUUGAGUGGAUUCUUUUACUCUCACCUGAUUUCACUAAGCUUGUAGAACUAUUUCAUUUGGCUGGGUCCUGUUUUUUAAUGGUGUAACAGAACAAGUUGCUGGUUUUACCACAUCUGGCCUGAUGGAGGAGCUGUAAGAUAAGGCUAAAUAGAGGAAGAGGAGAGAUGUCAUAACAGGUGGGCAAUGGGACCCUUCAAUGCUCAGUCAUGGAAUGUUCAGUCAUCAAUGAAAUUCUUCCAUCUUUCAAACUUCAGAGUAAAAAAAUGUUUCUCAAAUUGAAAUGAAAACUGGGCCUCUUACAUUAUAAUAAAGGGGUCCAUCUCAUGCUGUUGGAAAGGGGAUAAUGUGAUAAGUUGGGAUAUUGGGCGGUAAAAUUUAAAGAAAAAUCGCAAACAUAAUUGCAAUUGCAUAUAAACAUACUAAUACAUGGGUUUGUACUAAGAUGAAUCCUGUAACAUCCAAAACUGACAUAAACCCACUCUGUUUUGAUACAUAAGAUACUUGGCAAUAUUGUUCACAUCAUAUUUCCCACUUCUGAAACAAAGGGGGCCAUUUUGUACGUGUAAAUUUAGCAUUGUGUAAAACUGUGGAGGUUAUGUUUUUAGCACUAUACACUGGAACCAAGAAGUCUGACUUGUCUGUUCACUACACACAAUAAUUAUGUUCUUAUGUCAAUGGGGAAGGGAAGGGGAAGAGCAUUGAAGCAUAUGGCUUUUGAGUCAAAUCAAGGACUAGUUUCCAAAGCUAAGACCAGUAACCGUGUGUGCGUAUGUAUGGUCUACACCACUGCAUUUCUAUGUUGUAUUACUGUUGAAUUGGACCUAUUCCAGUAGUUGUGGAAUGUGUCCUGUGUUAUUGACACUCAGAAGUGACACUUGCUCAAGAGUAAGACGGGCACAAUCUAAUGUCGGGGUAGUUGAAACUGUCUAUGAAUUGCCUUAAAACAGUUCAACGGCUCACCGGUUGACAAAGUUGUCCAUACUGUUCUGUGCUCUUAUUUUAGCCAGCAUCCUAGCCUCAUCAACCCCAUCGUGUAAAUGAAUAUGUAAUAAUUCAAUUCAUAAUAAUGCUCAUACAAGUCAUCGGAGAGCCUCAAAAAUGUCUGCCUCUGGCUUUUACAGAAAAUGUACUAUUUACUGUUUGAAUCUAUUUUCUGUUCCUUUGUCUUCAAAUGGAUUCCCCUAUCGACUGGCCCCUAAACUACUGUUUGAUUGAGACGCUCCUGAAGGGCAGUGCACCGAGUAAGAGUGGCAUGACCUGACCAUUACUAACUUUAUUACCUUUGUCUUUUGUUCCUACCACCAUGAAAUAAAAUGUCAAACAGACCUGA